UCCUCUGUCCGGAGAGUUCCUCUGUCCGGAGAGUUCCUGUUGCACGGAGAGCAGCUCUGUCCGGGGAGUUCCUGCUGCACGGAGAACUCCUCUGUCCGGAGAGUUCCUGUUGCACGGAGAGCUCCUCUGUCCGGAGAGUUCCUGCUGUCCGGAGAGCUGCUCUGUGUGGAGAGUUCUUGCUGCAGGGAGAGCUCCUCCGUCCUGAGAGCUCCUCUGUCCGGAGAUUUUCUGCUGCAGGGAGAGCUCCUCCGUCCUGAGAGCUCCUCUGUCCGGAGAUUUCCUGCUGCAGGGAAAGCUCCUCCGUCGUGAGAGCUCCUCUGUCCGGAGAGUUCCUGCUGCACGGAGAGCUCCUCCGUCCUGAGAGCUCCUCUGUCCGGAGAGCUCCUGCCGCCCGGAGAGGUCCCGCUGCACGGAGGAGCUCCUCAGUCCGGAGAGCGUCAGACCAGCCCGAGCGGGCGGCGGCCCCAGGACAAGGGGCGAGGACUGAGGGUCCGGCCCGUCGACCGAUCGGUCCCCCGGGCUUCGGCCCCCAAGAUCCGACGGCAGGUCGAGAGCCCGGGCGGAGCGCGGCCGGGAUGCAGCGGCAGCCCCGGGACGUGCUGCUGGACCUGCGGGACCUGCGGGAAACGACAGAGGAGCUGGACGAGCUGGGCGAGCUGGAGGAGGACGGAGGCGACGGUGACCAGUUGGUGGUAGAAGAACUGGAACAGAUUAUUGUCGCCAACAGUGGAGCAGUGCAAGAUCACCAGUGUUUUCGUACUCCAGAGUGGGCUGAAUUUGAUCAGAAAAAUGACUCCUUGUUUUUUAAGGAUGGCCAAAGAAGAAUUGACUUUGUUUUAGUGUAUGAAGAUGAGCGUAAGAGAGACAACAGUAGAAAGAAUUUACAUAAACAAAGGAGGAAGAGGCAAGCUUAUGAAUCCAAUCUCAUAUGCAAUGGCUUACAUCUGGAAACAACAAGAUCAGUCUUGGAUGACAAACUUGUGUUUGUGAAAGUGCACGCCCCCUGGGAUGUGUUGUGCACCUACGCAGAGGUGAUGCACAUCAAGCUGCCUCUCAAACCCAAUGAUCUGAUAGUGCAGAUGUCCACUUUCCAGAGCAGCCUCAGCUGGUUUAGAAAAUUCUUCAGGGUGGAUGAAAGCAUCAUUAAGCCAGAGCAAGAGUUCUUCACUGCUCCAUUUGAAAAGGAUCGUCUGUCUGACUUCUAUAUUCAGGACCAAGAGGCCUUCUUCAAUCCGGCCACCAGAAGCCGCAUCGUUCAUUUCAUCCUCUCACGGGUCAAAUAUGCAGUAAAGGACAAUGUUAAAAAAUUUGGGAUUGACAGACUUGUGAAUUCUGGGAUCUACAGAGCGGCUUUUCCUCUCCAUGAUUGUAGGUUCAAUCAUCGGUCUGAAGAUCCCAACUGCCCCAGUGAACGAUACCUUCUGUAUCGAGAAUGGGCUCAUCCAUGGAGUAUUUACAAAGAACAACCUUUGGAUCUCAUCAGGAAAUACUACGGAGAGAAAAUUGGAAUCUAUUUUGCUUGGCUUGGAUUUUACACUCAGAUGCUACUCGUGGCAGCAAUAGUGGGUCUGGCCUGCUUUCUCUAUGGUUAUUUAACACAGGAUAACUGCACUUGGAGUCAAGAGGUUUGUGAUCCCAAUAUCGGAGGCAGUAUCCUAAUGUGUCCUCAGUGUGAUCAAAUUUGUCCAUUUUGGAAUCUCAACAUUACCUGUGAAUCCUCAAAGAAACUCUGUAUCUUUGACAGCUUUGGAACGCUCGUCUUUGCAGUUUUUAUGGGAAUGUGGGUCACUUUGUUUCUGGAGUUUUGGAAGCGGCGACAAGCUAAAUUGGAGUAUGACUGGGACACUGUUGAGUUAGAGCAGGAAGAACCAAUCCGACCAGAAUAUGAAGCCCAGUGCGUUCAUGUAGUAACGAAUGAGAUCACCCAGGAAGAAGAGCAUGUUCCCUAUACUUCAUGUGGAAAGUGUAUACGCAUAACCCUCUGUUCAAGUGCCGUCUUCUUCUGGAUUCUGUUGAUCAUUGCCUCCAUCGUUGGGAUCAUCGUUUAUAGGCUGUCAGUUUUCCUCGUGUUUGCUGCAAAACUACCAAAGCACGUCAAUGGAACCGAAGCAAUCCAGAAGUAUCUGACUCCGCAAGCAGCCACUUCGGUCACCGCUUCAAUCAUCAGUUUCAUCAUCAUUAUGAUUCUGAAUAUUGUAUAUGAAAAAGUAGCAAUCAUGAUUACUAACUUUGAAUUACCAAGGACACAGACUGAUUAUGAGAACAGCCUAACCAUGAAGAUGUUCUUAUUCCAGUUUGUCAACUAUUAUUCCUCCUGCUUCUAUAUUGCAUUUUUUAAGGGGAAAUUUGUUGGAUUUCCAGGAGACCCGGUUUACUGGCUGGGAAAAUACAGAAAUGAAGAGUGUGAUCCAGGAGGCUGUCUCCUUGAACUGACAACUCAACUGACAAUAAUAAUGGGAGGAAAAGCAAUCUGGAAUAACAUACAAGAAGUGCUACUUCCCUGGGUGAAGAAUUUGAUUGGAAGAUGCUGCAUGGUUUCAGGUUUAGAAAAGAUCACCCCAAGAUGGGAAGAGGAUUAUCAUCUCCUGCCCAUGGGGAAAUUGGGAUUGUUCUACGAGUACCUUGAAAUGGUUAUUCAGUUUGGGUUCGUCACCCUGUUCGUGGCCUCAUUCCCUCUGGCCCCCUUGUUGGCGCUCAUUAAUAAUCUGCUGGAAAUUCGAGUGGAUGCCUGGAAAUUGACCACCCAGUAUAGACGCAUAGUGCCUGAGAAAGCACAAGACAUCGGAGCGUGGCAGCCCAUCCUGCAAGGAAUAGCAAUUCUUGCCGUAGUGACAAAUGCCCUGAUAAUUGCUUUCACUUCAGAUAUGAUACCCCGCCUGGUUUAUUACUGGUCGUUCUCUAUCCCACCGUAUGGAAACCAUGACAGUCACACCAUGAAGGGCUACAUCAAUAAUACACUUUCCAUCUUUAACAUCUUGGACUUCAAAAAUGCAAGCAUGCAGUCUUCAGAAUCCAGCCUGAACACCCAGACCACAUGCAGAUAUCGUGACUUCCGCUACCCUCCUGGUCACCCGCAUCAAUAUGAACACAACAUAUACUACUGGCAUGUGAUUGCUGCCAAACUGGCUUUUAUUAUCGUCAUGGAGCAUGUCAUAUACCUUGUGAAAUUUGUUAUUUCAUAUGCAAUUCCAGAUAUAUCAAAGGCAACAAAAAGCAAGAUAAAGCGUGAAAAGUAUCUAACCCAAAUGCUCCUCCACGAGAACCAUCUCAAAGAUAUGAAAAAAAAUAUGGGGAAAAUAGCUGACAGGAUCAUAGAAGAAAUAGAUGGCAAUUUCCGGCCAAAAUUAGAAUAAAUUUUAUGCUCUGAGAUGCACUUUCCACAGCUUAUCUUGAUCAAAAUAUGUUACUACCACUAAUGGGAAUGAUUUGUAUUAAGUCACUUUAGCAGAUGUUAGUGUUUUAAACUUUUUUUUAGUAUAGAUCAUUGCACUGUUUCAUACAGAAAUGCAGGGACUGGAAAAUUCGAAACUGUGAGAUCUAUUAGGGCAUAAAACCAAUCACCUAGAAAACCUAAAAAGUUACUUUUUAUCUGAAAAAAAUUAGAGUUUUAGUAAUGGAAAAAAUGUCUCCCACCGUGUUUGAAACUAUUUUUGGAGACUAUUCCCUCUAUGAUGGAAUAAAGUCCAUUUUCUUUUAAGUUUGCAUAAAUUUUCAUUCAAUUCCAUAUGAUAGCAAAUAAUUUUCACCUAUUUCAUAUUUCAAUUUUCCCAAACUAUUCUUGAAGAUAUCUUCUAUAUCACAGUAACAUUAAAAGCAUAGUUAUUGUAUGCUAAAUCAGUAUACCAUAAAUAUUCCUUAUAAGAUUCUCUUUAUAGUAUUAUUUAACUUAAAAAUGUGAUUGUAUUAAAUUGAAAAUUGAAUCGACAAUUCAAAAUACUUUAGGGCAAUUACACAUUUUCAUUAUAAGCAAAUAUAAAGCUCAAAUUAAUAGGAUCUAGAAAGAAACACCCUCUCCAUAAUGUGAAGAGGAAAGUUGGCAUUUACGCAGUGAAUGUUAUCUGUCCACUUGAACAGUCAGAAUAAUUCAGGCACCCCAGGGGGAUCUUUUCAUUCAAAUUAAUCAGGUGGAAUGUCAUUACACAUCAGGCUAACCAGGUAAAUGUCAAAGUUUUGCUUCAUUUUGUGUGUUUGCACCAUUGGAAAAAUCUUCUGUCACCAGUUGGAAUGUUGUACUAAUUGGUCUGGCCAGAGUCUAGCAAAUAAAACAUGUCAACAUAAGUAGAAUGAAGACUAGGAAAUAUUUAAAGAAUGUAUGAAAAUAGCAAAGCCAAAGUAUGUUCUAAUAGCACUUAUACUGUGUUCUGUGCCUAAAGAGUAGGGGGUUUUAAACAAAAUAUGUAAAAUGGGGGUAAUUAUCAAAUUUUAAUACCUUUUUUAUUAGGGAAAAAAGUGUUUAAAUUUCAAAACUUUUAGACCUCUUUUAGCUCUUAUUUAUAUGUCCCACAAUGAUAAAUGUUUCUUCAGUAGUACUACUUCUUCCCAGAAUUUGUAAUAACUAAACACUCAACAGCAAAACUACAGAAAUGCCAAAAAGUAUCUCUGUUGCUUGUCAUCCAUUUACCUAUUUGUUAAGAUGCCUUACUUGGAAGUACUAGACUCCAAAGGAACUAGACUAGUUCCAUCCAGACUUUGAGACACUAGCCUGGUUUGGAGGAUAAGGGCUCUGAAUUAGAGAAAGAAGACUGGUGACCGUUGUACAAGAGAUCAGAUUUUGGUGCCAGUGAUCCUUGGAAACACCAACCCUUGUGGAGUGGAGAGAAAGGAAUUCCUCCAGAAAAAAAAAAAAUGACCAAAGCUUACAUUCCAAAAGAUAAGUUGAUUCCAGGGUAUUGACAGCCUAUCAAACAAAUGAACUAAAUAGACUUCAAUUGACCUGGGAAAACUAGGGUGAAUUAGUAAAUCAAAUGUUUCAUUGGCAAAAUACAGACAGUUCUUUUUUUAUUAAAUUUGGGUUUUGUUAGUUUUAGCACAUUUUUUUCCAAAAUUAUUUAUAUGGUAGUAAAACUCACAAAACACCUAGUCUUGGCUUUGAUAUAUUGGGAAAGGUAUUCGAAUAUAAAGGAUCCAAAAAAAAAAAAUCAGGGCUACAGUAGAAUUUUAGAUUGAAUCAUGUGAACCAGCCUGAAAUGAAUUUAGCUUUUCUAAAGAUGGCUAUGUUCAAUUCCUUGAAAAAGAUAAAACCAAGUAAUUUUUUAAAGUUUUAUAAAUAUAAUAAUCUGAAAAUAAAUCUGUCUAGUGAAUUGGCGGAGGUGGGGGUGGGGGGGAUCUUUACUCAUCAUGUAAAGGGUGUUCUGCCAUUUUAUUCUAUAGCUUUUUGAUUCUUAACCAAAUCAUUUGGGGAGCAAUUAUAAAGAAAGGCUAUGAUGCUGAUUAUCUGUUAGCCCUAUAUUAUUACUACAUAUAUUUUAAUCAUCUUUGUUGCCAGCCAUAUUCAUAAGUUGUUUAUGUAGAGCUAAAACAGUAUUUGAAAUUUCUGAGGGGUGGGGGGAGAGGGGGACAGAGGUUGCAGCCACACUUCAUGAAAUAAAUCCAUUUCUAGAGCUUUAAGGACCUUGUUAAUAACACACAGAAUGUAAAGAAAGUGGCAGAAAGGGACUUAAAAGAGCAGGAGAAAACUAUCCAAUCACCCAGCAGACAUAGGCAGUUUUUCAUCUCUAUCAGUCAGGGAAUGGUGAAACUUCUCCUUCAACCCAGUAAGCUCAAGAAUCUUUGAGGCAUUUUCUUCUCAACAAAAAUUCUGGAUUUGAAGAGGUUAAGCUGCACCUUUUAUAAGUGCUCUGAUCAUCCGUUUUGUUGUGGUUUUAUUGGCGGGGGUUGGGGGGGUGUUAAGUCUUUGAAAGAAAACCUUAAGGAAGAUAGAGCUUUUAAAUCUAGGACUAGGAAUUAAGAGCUCCUGGUUUAAAUAGAGGAAAUGCUAGCCAAGGAAGAAAAUUUCUGCAUUUUAAUAGCAGUAAAUCAGGUCCUGAACAGGGCCCUGAUGUCUAGAAGGGUGAUGCAGACACAACACUGAAUGAGAUCUAUAUUAUCUGUCAACCUGAGCCCAGCCAACCUGUGUAUGGGUAAUGAAAGGAGAGUUGGGUGGCUCCAAUACUCUUCAGCCGUAAGGGUCAAUUCCAAGUUCUUCUGUAUAUAUGCUCAGAGAAGCUAAUGCAAGUUGUCUGAUGCUGUCCCGAAGACAGAUCUGCCCUCUUAAGCUUCACUCCCUGGUGAAAUGUAUUUUUCUAUCUGCAGGUGAAGUCACUUAAGGGAGUUGACACUUAACCCUUAAAACUCAGGAAAAGAAAAGUUAUUUAGAAUUGUCUGUGGAGGUUCUCUGGGAAAAUUGUUUGGGAUCCAAAAAAUAGUUGUUUCCUGUGGAUGGGUUCAAACCACUAAUGGAUUAAAUUAUGUCUUAAAUUCUACUUGUGUAACUUUAAAUCCCUGGAAGAGAUAUGCAAAUGAGGAGGGCAGAAUUUGAAGUCUUUUUGAAACAACAUUUUUACUACUUCUAAUGUCUUAAGAUUAAAUUUUUUGCUGCUUUAAAGUCAGUGGCGUUAAACAUACGUCGUAAAUAUUUUACAUGCUUUUCAUUGAUUGCAUUUAAUGUAAAAAUUUUGAAACUUUAUUCUUGUUCAUCUUAAGACUUCUUUUGUAUUUUUGAUAAUUUUAAUAAAUUGUUGAUGGU